GCCAUGGCCCACCGGGCGAGAAACCCAUCGUUGCGGUGGUACGAGGGCGACAAGAGUUCGGUCCCCGUGCGUUGGGACAUCGCUCUCUGUUGGCAGUACCCGACUCCGCAAAGAUGAGAGACCGGAUGAAUCGUUUGAAGAGCCGGCAGUGGUUCCGCCCAGUGGCGCCCAUGAUCGCCGACGAGGCGCUCCCUGAGGUCUUCGGGCGCGAGGUGAAGUCGCCGUAUAUGUCGAUGGCUCCACGCGUCUUGAAGGAUGUCCUGGAACGCUUCCCUGCUUUAUCACACUUGGAUGGUACUGCACGGCAUCAAUCAGUAGGUGAAGCCGAUGAGCCAUGGAUCCAUCAGUUGCUACUGGCAGUGGCCAAGCAUACCGGCCUGGCGGCGCUGAUCAACACCAGCUUCAAUGCGCGGGGGCAGCCCAUAGCCAACAGCAUCAAGGAGUGCUUGAAGAUGUUGACCGAACUGCCUGACCUGGAUUAUGUGCUGAUCGAAGAUUGGUUGUUUCAAUCACCUGGUGAUGGCGCCAUGGCUGGCGCCUUGUGACAGUCUCUAGCAUCAGAAAUUGCCAGCUGUCUACCAUAGCGUGCCCGGGGCAGGUACGGUAUUGAUAUGAUCACCUCAAAAUGGGACUGGGCAAUGUGAUAGCUGGCUGGUUAAAUGGGUAUUUGGGUAUGUGUCAU